AUGGAUCAGCCCCAGGAAGCUAUUAAUGAGCUUUGUAAGAGAACAAAUUCCUUGUCAUGGAAUGAGGUCACUUUAGAACUUGAUACAAAUGAUAAGGAAGCAGAAUCUGUAUCAACUUUAAUUCUGGUGGGCAAAGUUCUGGCAACAAGAAGCUUCCCUAUAAACCAUGUUAGAAAUAUUCUCAAUCAGGUUUGGAAUCUUGCUUUUGAUUUUAAUGUUAAGAAUGUUCUUGAAUAUAAGAAUACUUUUCUAUUCACUUUCAAGCAUGAAAGAGAUAAACAGAGAGUUUUAGAAGGCAUUCCUUGGUCAGUUAGCAAUGCUCUGUUAAUUUUGAAAUCAUGGUCUCCACAUCUAAAAAUAGAAAAAGUUGAUUUCUCUACAUGUCUGUUUUGGGUUCAAGUGCAUGGCCUUUCCCGAAAUCAAAUGACAAGAGAAAAUGCUCUUAAAAUAGGCAAGAUCUUCCAUGGGGUGCUUGAUACUGAUCUAGUUUCGAAUUACGAUGUGUCUAUUGGGACCUGUAUGAGAAUUAGAGUAGAUGUGGAUAAAAGGAAGCCGCUAUUUGUAGGUUUUACAAAUAGAAGCGCAGAUGGUUCUUUGGAAAGGGUUCGGUUUCGGUUUAAAAGGCUUCCUGACUUUUGCUAUAUGUGUGGUCUAUUAGGUCACCAGAUCCAAACAUGUCCAAAUAUAAAUCAAGUUACUAGAAGUGAAAAUAAGGGGAAAAGGCAGGAGCUUAGUCCAUGGAUGAGAGCGAAAAUUUUUUCCUCAAAGCCAAAGAAAAAUCCAACAAGUACACAUACAAAAAAGGAUUUACCUCUGGUGACUUCCAAGGCGGUGGCGCGUAACAACUACCCUCUUUAA